UGCUUGUGGCUGCACAGACAAAAGGUGCUUGUGAAAGCAUACAGCAGAUGGAGGGAUUCAGGAGAGACUGGAGGAAGUGCUCGGAGGGGAGCAUUUUUGAAGACAACAGGAACACGUCGGAUGAAAAGCCUGUUCAACGAUCUAAGUCCUUCAGUUUCAAGACCCAAAAGGAGACGUGUGCAUCAUGUGAGAAGACUGUGUAUCCCAUGGAGAGAUUGGUGGCCAACAAUCUCAUCUUUCACGCCGCGUGCUUCUGCUGCAAGCACUGCAACACCAAACUCAGUCUGGGCUCUUACGCAGCUCUGCAGGGCGAGUUUUACUGCAAACCACACUUCCAGCAGCUCUUCAAGAGCAAAGGCAACUACGACGAGGGCUUCGGACGCAAGCAGCACAAGGAGCUCUGGGCCUCUAAGGAUGCUGAGAGCAUCGGCAAGACGGCAUAAUCCUCAAUGAUUUCCAAAGCUCACCUUUCACCUCCACUGGCCAAUCAUGACCCUUCACACACACACACACACAUUCACACUUACACAAGCAGUUGAGCCAGAUAUACCACCCCCUGAUAGGGUUGAUCAACUUCCCUUUUGUGUUUUUGUUUUCCCGCUCCCCGCUCAAUUUUAAGUUCUGUUUUAUUUAGCCUUGUUACGUUUUUUGUUCAUUGUUUUUUCCGUCUAGUGUCGUGAAGUUAGUUGAUUGUGACCAAAAUUGUUGUGUCCCAUAUUGGUGGGAUGAUUCACUUGUUAAGAUCCUGUUUGGCAGUGCUAGUAGUACCAGAUGGUUUCAAUUAAACACUCAGGUAGCUAUUCUGGGGUGUUGCAUCCAAAUCUAGCAAUCUUUUAUGUACAGUCGAUUUUAAGUGUUUAUUUUUAUGAUUGUUGAUUGUUUGUCCUUCAUUUUAUUUGCCGCAAUCUGUACUGUACUCUCUUAAUUAGGCGGAGUUUUUUUUUUAUCUGUGAAUCUACAGGGUACACUGUACUUUUAAAGAACUCACUUGAGUUUACAUCCCAACUUUUCACUUUAUUUUUCUUAGUUUAUCUUUAAAUCUUACAAAAAGAUCUGCUAACCAAUGAUGAGAUUCCUAUUUUUAAGCAUUUAUAUCUUUAUAAAAUAGAAUUAUAAAUGCCAUAUUUGCUCAAGUAAUUCCUUAACCAUUUUCAGUUAAUUUUAUUAUAAGUUUAAGAUUAACUUGCUCACUUUAAUAAAUAGUUUUACUCAGUAUUUUAGUCCUGUUUUAUAGACAGAGUUGAUAUGUUAUCUGUCAUCUUGCUUUUAUCAAGUAAAUGUAUAUUGAUUUAAGCAGGUGUAGAUAUUUGUUCAGGAAAACAAGACUGAAAUACGUUGUAAGACACUUUUUGCUAUGUUAAAAUGGUCUCUUUUGUAGCGCCCUCUAGUGUUUAAGAUAAUAUUCCUUUUCUUUAUUUUUUCUACUUAAUAUUGGUUAUUCUCUUGAUGCCAUCUAGUGAUAUAUCUAUGCUCAUAUCAAUCAAAUAUGCCUCAUGUCUUAUUUUAGUCAUAUUUUAUUUUCUAUUAUUUAGCAGACUGCACAUCUUAAUGUUUUUUUUAGUCAUAUUAUUGAAUGCUCAGUGAUUUUCUUGCAAAGGCAUUUGUACACAAGUACCACUAAGCAGAGUGAAUGUACUGUGAAGCACUGUACUGUACCUAUGUCUUGCUGCACGGGACCAAGCUUGUACGACAAAUUGAGAUAUUCACAGGGAACUAAGUCUCAGAGGAAAUGACAUUUUCUGAUGCUUUGCGCCAUUGCCUUUCCCCCCUUCCACCACUUCCUGUCAUCGCAUAGUUUUUGGCAAUUUCCUGUGGGCUUCUCUGUGACGAGGUUUUGUGGGACUUUGAGUGCGUGUUUAAUUGAAAAGCAUGGCUCAAAAAGCAUUGCUCAGGAAUAUGGAUGGGUCACACUGACCCAAGUGCACGUUGUUAAAAUCUGUUGUUCACUAAACCGUUUUCACACUUGAAAUUGUCUGGGUUCAAGCAGGAAGGGGUUUGCUGUACAUCGAAACCGACACUUCCAUCCCAGGUUUUAAAUGCACAUGUCGGUUGUAAAAACUGACUUUGCAUGUUGUGAAUUGUCACUGUGGCCAUAAGCUGUGACCUCUAGUUCAUGCGUUUGUGUACAAAACAUCAUCUUGCCAUCAUGAAUGAAUGAAAUGCCUCUGUUUUAAUACUGUUGCUUUCGGUUUUAAUGGUGUAACAUGGUAAAACUGUUCUGAAGUGUCUGUAAAUCUUAGAUGGCAUAAGGAACUGGUGUGUUUAUGUUUGGGUCCAGUUUUAGUGGCUUUUUUUGUGUUUUGCAGUGGUCUCGUCUGCCUUUUUAGUGCAAUGGCCUUUUUGUUUGUACGUUUGAGGCGAUUCUUCUCCAUUUCGACUUGCUAAGCCAUUGAAAAUCAUCCAAAUAAUUGAACAACUUGAAUGCUACAGAAGUCCCCGUGUAUGUAUAUAUUGAAGAUUACUGUGAAAUUGCGAGGUUUCGAAGAAUUGAUGAAAGCUCUUGGCAUGAUGCUAUUUUCAUAUUAAGCCUUAUUUUAGUUCCUUUUUUUUUUUUUUUUUUUUAUUUAUUUUCCCAAAAUCAUCAGCUUUUAUAAAUGUCAUAAUCUGCUUUCACACCCUCUAAAACAGGGGUGUCCAAACUCUGUCCUGGAGGGCCGGUGUCCUGCAAAGUUUAGUUCCAACCCCAAUCAAGCACACCUGGGCUACCUAAUCAAGCUCUUACAUGGCUUUCUAGAAACAUCCUUGCAGGUGUGUUAAGGCAAGUUGGAGUUAAAGUCUGCAGGACGCCGGCCCUCCAGGACUGAGUUUGGACACCCCUGCUAAAACUUUUUGCACCUGUAAAAGAUUUGGUCAUUUCUAUCAAAAAUGCUUUACUUUUUGCAACAAACUUUCCACAGACACAAAAAUCACUGUGUUUACGUCAAUUGUUAAUUGUGUUUGUACGCAGUACGCCAAGGUACAAAUGACACAAUAUUCUGCAAAACCCUCAUGGUCUUUUGUAAACAUCAUAAAAAACCGGAAAAAGGUACGCUCUUAUUUGCUCUUCUCUGAUGGAUUUGUUGUUCUUGAAUUGUGCGAGUGUGUCUUUGUAAGUGUAUGGAUAUUUAAGGUUGCAAAAGAUUAUUUUUAAACGCUGUCGACUCUGUCUGCAUGCAUUGAGUGAGAGGAGAUCAAUGUACAGUUGUGUGUUAUUCUGCAUCUAAAACUUGAUCAGCAGAACAAGGUGGCCUUAAAGCAGAAAGAGGUCUUGGCUCUCGUUUCUUUUGUCCCUUAUCAGGUUUAUUUUCGUCUUAGUACUUUUAUCAGCCCUUUAGAUCAACUCCUACAAGAAUUUGUAAUAAAACGCCACAUCGCUUGCGUUCACUCCCCUAAGUCUUUUUUUUUUCUCCUCUGUUAAAUUCUCAUUUUUGUACAUGCUUUUGGAGAAAAUUUAAAUAAAUGACAUUGCUGGUGUUGAUCAACA